AUGGCAACAGCACCAACUGAUCAAGUUAGUAUCAAUGUUAUGCGUAAAUCUGAUGGUAAAUUUCUUGGCUUUAUUUUAUCGGAAAAAGCGACAAUUCACGAACUGAAACAUGAAUUAAAACUGCGAUUAACACCUCAGUAUCCUCAAGGUUGCCGUUUAAUAUUUCGUGAUAAAGUACUGAAAGGAAGACAUACAUUAAAGCAUUAUGGUCUCAAAGUAGGUGUUAAUCAACAAGAUAUACUUAUGGAUGAUUCGAAAAAUUGGUCAUCAUCGUCGGAAUCUGAUCCAGAAUAA